AAGCUAACUACAUGAUCCUAAAUGGCCUAAAGGGUAAUUCAGAAAAGAAUUGAACAUUUUUCAUGCUCUCUCUAUAUCAAACACGAAACUUAAUCUUGGAUUAUUUGGCGAAGAAUUAAGAGAAAUAGUUAGUAUUUUAGUUCAAUGGUCAUUGUAUACUCUUUCCCUUAAGAUGUUCAAAUCUCGAUGUCCCACCUUAAGUUUCGGUAAAGUUUGUAACCUCCAUGUUACAGCCGUAGUCGAUUUGAGCUUUGCCGAAGCCUUAAUUCAAGCAUUCUAUCUUCUGGAAGUGGUUGCUGAAGUAGUUGAACAUCAAAACCAAACUCAUGGCUCUCUUUAAAUCUCUUCUAUAAAUCACUUCAUCAUCUUUUCCUCUUCAUUGCAACCAGCUUCCAAGUCCAAAACAUCCCAACGUCGUCAUAUGCUUCCUCAAGAACUAUCCCAAAUGGCCUCAUUCGUUCUCCUCACUCGAACAAUUCCGCUGCUCGCUGUAGCUUUUGCAGUAGUGAUUCUUCCAGUUUUGGGUCAAAUCAAUUCACCCUGCAGUCCCUCCAUCAUUGCCCGCUUCACUCCUUGUAUGAACUUGCUCACAAACAGCACAGCAAAUGGCACUUCACCAACUUCUGACUGUUGUGAUUAUCUAAGGUCGCUCACCGGCUCAGGAAUGGACUGUCUCUGCCUCAUUGUCACUGCAAGCGUUCCCUUCCAACUACCCAUCAAUCGGUCGUUGGCGAUUUCUCUUCCUCGAGCUUGUAACAUGCCCGGCGUCCCUGUCCAAUGCAGAGCCUCUGCUGCUCCCAUUCCAGCUCCAGGUCCUAUUCCACUUGGUUCAGCUCUUUCUCCUGAAGCUUCACCAUCUCCACAAGGUUCUGGCAUCCCUCAACCUGUCACGCCUGCUCAGUCACCGGAAACAGACACUACCGAGUUUCUAACUCCGCCUUCAACUGAGGGAGGAGCUGAAACUCCAACCUCAACCACCGAUGCUGGCAAUGGGAUUUCACCAGACCUGACUCCCUCAUCUAGCACCAUGCCUUCUUACAACUUCUACCUUCUGGCGUUGGCAUUAAGCUGUGUGGCUUUGAAGCUAAACUAGAUUGCAUAUACAAAAUCUGUCAGAUUUCUUGGUUCGAAAAUAUAUCUUUGUUGAUUUAUUUGUAAAUUGUGGGGAGUUAUUCUUUUUAGUGGAAUUGUUUCAUGAGGUUGUUGGGCUUUGAGCUGAUUGUUUGUAUACCUUAAUAACAGAUACAGAGUUUUGUUAAAUUUCUUCAAUUUAUCGUUUUCCCCCCACAAAUUAAAAUAAUUUAGAACCUUUGAUAAUAGUUAAACCUCAACCACUAGCUAGCUUAAGAAGUCAUUAUGAAAAAAGUCCUGUAAGAUACUUUGUUUACCUCCUCCUCAAAGAUCCCAUUUGAUUUAUGUUACCCAUCAGGACAACUUAGUAAACUUCGAUUAAAAGAUAA